CACAGUCCUAUGGACAUAGAUCUGAAACAUACCUCCUCAAGCAUCUAUAAACCUUCUCUUUAACCUAUAUCAUUCGAUUCAAAUAAAUUCAUAAAUGGCAGAUGCAAGUGAAGAUUAUUCAUUCUUCGGUGGUGCAUGGUCAUGGUUGAAAGCCUUGCCUCUCAAAGUAUGGUCCAAUAUAGCCCAUACAGCAAGCAAAGCAAAAGAAUUAGGCCAAGACGAUCCCAGAAGAAUAAUUCAUUCUUGCAAAGUGGGUUUAGCCAUAACCAUAGUUUCUCUGUUCUACUAUUUCAACCCUCUGUAUGAUGGUUUUGGUGUCUCUGCAAUGUGGGCUGUUCUCACUGUCGUCGUUGUCUUCGAAUUUUCAGUUGGAGCCACGCUCGGAAAAGGCGUCAAUCGAGCCAUUGCCACACUGGUAGCUGGAUCACUAGGCGUGGCUGCUCAUCAUCUAGCUGUUUUACCUGGGGAAACCGCUGAGCCCUUUGUCAUUGGAAUCACAGUCUUCUUAGUAGCUUCGGUAUUUACAUUUGCAAGAUUCUUUCCAAAACUGAAGGCCAGAUAUGAUUAUGGGCUAGUCAUAUUCAUAUUAACAUUCUGUUUGAUCUCGGUAUCUGGUUAUCGGGACGAUGAGGUGAUAGAUUUGGCUCAUAAAAGAAUGUCCACCAUCUUUAUCGGCGGCGCGACGUCUAUAUUCGUCUGCAUUUUCAUUUAUCCAGCCUGGGCUGGGGAUGAUCUUCAUAAACAACUGGCUACAAACAUGGAAAAACUAGCAACAUUUCUUCAAGGAUUUGGAGAUGAGUUCUUUAAGACAUCAGACAGUACGAUUGUGGAAGACAGAAGAGCAUCGCUACAAGCUUACAAAAGUGUGCUCAAUUCCAAAGGCACAGAAGAGACCUUGGCUAAUUUCGCAAAAUGGGAACCCCGACAUGGUCGGUUUAGGUACAGACAUCCUUGGGACCAGUACUUGAAAGUUGGAGCUCACAUUCGUCAAUGUGCAUAUUCAAUUGAAGCACUUAAUGGAUACCUCAAUUCUGAUAACCAGAUACCCUAUGAAAUCCGAGAGAAAGUUCAACAACACUGCAAGAAGAUGAGCACGGAGUGUAGUUUAGCUCUGAAGGAAUUAGCCUUGUCGAUUCGAACAAUGACAAGGUCAUCUGCUGCGGAUGCUCAUGUGUUAAAUGCGAAAAAUGCUGCAAAGAGCCUGAAAUCUUCACUAAAGACAGGCUUGUGGGUUAACGCGGAGCUGUUACAGAUAAUCCCAGCCUUGACGGUAGCUUCACUACUAGUUGAAGUUGUUACUUGUAGUGUCAAUCUUUCGGAGGCUGUUCAUGAGCUUGCAACAUUAGCACACUUCAAGGUUACCAGGGCGUCGAAUCAUCAUCAACCGCGAGUAAUUCAUCGCGGAACAUCCAAUCUAUCUGCUCAUCAUGCGGUCACAAUCGAUGGAUAGUUUUUUCCACUCAUAUAUUUCAGCUUUUGUAGCUAGCUGUGUAGCGAGUUGUGCAUGUAAUCAACAAUAAACAAAACUCCGAUACUUUUGAACCAUAAAUAUAAUGCAACCCAUUUAUAUAAAAUGUGAAUUAGGAGCUAACUAUAAAGAAUAGUAUUGGAGUUCUCGCGUUUUCUGAUGUAUUAAUUUACUAAGAGCCACAUUUUAUAUUAUUUUUUAAGGAA